AGCAUAUAAACGACACGCUCAAGUAUUUGUUGCGUAUUGGUGUUUCCAUGGAUCAUUUGAACCAACUUCCUGUGAUACACGUGUCUGGAACAAAGGGAAAGAAAUUCGAGGGAUAAUGCUAGACCUUAAUAUAACAGCUUACAUCACACCAAGCAAUAAAUCAGAAGUUAAUGGUCAAGUAGAACGCUUCCAUUCUACGAUUACCGAAAUGUAUCGCAUACAAAAACGUCUGCAACCUAACUACUCAACUAAAAGGCGUAUGGCUACGGCACCAGCGAUCCAGUGAGCGAGGACAAUCUCGGCAUGAAGCUGCUGGAGAGCCCCGAGCGGUGGAACAACAUCCAGGAAGCUACACGUAGAAUCACGAAGGUGUUGCAACAGCUUUGGCGUGAGGACGAGCUGCAGCUCAAUCUCCAGGCACACCUAGCAGCACUAUCGACGAGAGCAGCAGCGGUAGACACCGGUCCGCUGGAUGGUGAGCAGAUGUCGGUUGAUGGGGUGGCGGAACUCUUUAGAUCCAACCGAGGUCGAACCAGACGGACCAGAAGAGGUCGCCGGAGGGCGGAGGAACGGGCGGAAGUUCGCCUUGCAUCCGCAAUGGCAGCAGCCGAACGGGAACGUGACAACUCUAUCCUGAUGGCGGCGGUGCGGGCGGAGGAAGCAGGAGAAGCACCACCACCCAUCCCCAUGAGAAGACGCGGACUGCCUCCUUCUCCGAGAACGGUAAGAGCGCGGCACGAACGGAGACUGUACCAGCAACGUCUCUACCGUCAACGCGCCAGGGAAGGGACUCUACCACCAGUCCCACAUGGUAGAAACCGGAGGAGCAGGUCGGCCCCUUCGGAAGCCGAUAUCAUCCGACGGCGGAUGAGAAGGCGUGAGAUGGAGCGGUUACGCCGAGUAGCGCGUAGGGUGCCGUCUAACCAGGGAGUGCGUGAGGCGCUAUCCGCAGACGCCCUGGCAGCCAUCACGGAAGCGACAACCUCCGGCCGUUAAAAAAAAAAGGAGGAUUAUGGGGUAGGAAGUCUAUAGGAAAGCGAAAGGUACGGCGCAGAAGAAAACAAAAUGCGUUGGGAUAGGAAUUCCGUAAGGCGAAUGAACAACGAAGGAAAUAUAUAUGAAAUAAUAAAGGCGAUGCCACGAGCGACAAAUACUCC